UGAACACUAUUAUUUGUUUACGGGCAUGAUAACUGUACUUUUAGUUUAUGGUAGACACAGCUUGUUCGCACAUUUUCCAAUUUUACCACUAGUUAUGAACGCAACAUGAGUUUCUACAUCCCCCUCUCUUGUUAAAUAAAAGUGCCACCACUGAAAUACGCCUGUUACUUCCUGCCUCGUUGGGUGUUUGUCUGUCUUUUUCGAAACCAUCAUAGAGCAUUUUCAUUUAAUGCAAGAUAUUGGACCUGUUUCCCAACCCAGAGUACCACUGCACACCUGCCUGUCUACCAGCCCAGAUCAGCCCACAGUACCACUGCUGUUCACCUGCUUGUCUAUCUGUCCACGAUGAAGCUCAUCUUGACUCUCUCUCUCAUCUGCAUUCACUUCUGCUCAGUUACCUGUCCAUCCUCAAAUGAAAGAUGUCUCACUGCAACCAGAACCAUACAAGGUCCCGAUAAUACCACCGUGGUACUCAAAAUGUGUUCACCAUCCUCCAUCUGUGUAACUCCUCUUAACACUGAAGUCACAGUGUCAGGGAACUUGGGCAUCAUAAGGGCUGCCUCUAACCAGCUCUGCUGUAACACCAAUGGGUGCAACAAGGAAACUCUGUCUGCCCCGAGUUCACUGGCUAACGGAAGACAAUGUACCUCUUACAGCAGCUUCCAAGGCGUUGUGCAUAACAGCACUGUGGCCUGCCUGGGGGUGGAGGACCAGUGCUUGAGCUUCAGCGGCAAUGUACUUGGCUCAAUCAAUUAUAUGGUGAACAUCCAGGGCUGUACAUCUACCAACGUGUGCAACUAUAUUGAUCAACUGCUGCCCUCAAGUUACAUCAACUUUGUGCAAUUCACCUGUAACACAGCCCCUUUACCUGUAACUGUAACCAAAGCCCAUAACACAGCCUGGUCCAUUAGACUGAGCCUAGUCCCUCUGCUGCUGGGCCUCACUAUCAGCAAACUCAUCUGAUAUAAACAGAGAUGAACAUAUCGGGACUCAUCUGACAACAUAAUGCAUUGAUUACAAAACAACAGAAUGUACAAUGAUUUUUAUGUAUUGUGAAAUACGUACUAUAAUUGAAAAUCUGUUGUUUAUAUGGAAUUUGCCAGAUGAUGCCCUGUGACAUUAUAUAUGCUUGCUUGAGGAAAUACUUUCUUAUAUAUUAUUCUGUAUAUUUGAUAAAGUGGGAUUGCUUGUAAGUUUAAAACAAAUAAUCUGUCAAUGCCAAUAAAGUUUCUAUCACUUUACCAAAAUGGAAA